CUCAAGAUUGCUCAUACGGUUUUGUGCAUCACUGGCUGCUCUCUGAUAGGCGGUCAUAUCACGUCAUAUAUAAUAACAAGGCACUCUGUCAAUCGAUAUAACACACAGCAUGGUAAUCAAACAAUCGUCGUUUAGUCUUGAUUGACUUAAGAAACAUGUUUUAGCUCAUCAAUUACCUAAUUAAGUAGUAUUGUAUUUAUGAUUAUUGUUAUCCUUAAAACCAGAAUACAUAUUUGAAAUCGAAAAAAACUAGAUUCCUUUUGGUGGUCACAUGUAUUGUAAGCAGAGACAGUGUAAGCAUACAAAUACAACAAAUGUUUUGCAUAGUGAAUUGCUUCAUUAAUUAUCUACAUAACACAUAACUGUAUACAUAUCAAUCCAUCAAAAGCUUAUUCAUUUAUUAUGCGUAGGCUUAAUUCAUUCCUUUUCACCCUUUGUACUCAAAAUAUGUUAGUUGGAAAUAAAAAAUGAAUGACACAACUAUCUAUGGAGUCCUAUUUUAAGCCUGCGGUAUUUCAAUAAUUAAAGCUAAACGGGAUUCAGUGUAAAAAUCAGUCAACUAGAAGAAAACGAAACUCUUGAAGCGAUCCCUUACAAUAUCAUUCAGUUAGAAACUAUGAAUUUGCCAAUACUUGGACGAUAUUCAACAAAACUAAUCGUUUUCUUCAACUGUAUUUUCAUUACAUUUGGCAUGAUUGUGAUUGCAUUCGGUAUGAAACUACCAAGUAAACUAUUUGGAUAUAAGAGGAUAUUGCAAGCAACCAUACCACCCAUCUUUCCAACGGCUACUUUCUCAGGAAGUCUCAGUAUAUUAGCUGCAUGUAUUGGUAUAUUAGGAAUAUUGAAUGAAAGAAACAUGAUUAUGUAUCUGCAUCUGUUUACUCUGACUAUUGUAAUGCUUAUUGAAAUAGGCAUAGCAACAUCAUCCACGUUAAUGAAAGAUCAAUUCUUCACUGAAGCUCAUCGUUCGUUGAAUAUGAGUGUUCAAAAAUAUUGGACAAAUCUUUGUUAUCAAAUAGAAUUUGAUAAUUUACAAAUAAGAUUUCAUUGUUGUGGUGCAGAUUCAUCUAAUGAUUAUCUCCACGUCAAACAACUAAUACCGACUUCAUGUUUAUCUGGAAUAAAACCAUAUUCACUGGGAUGCGUUGAUGCAUUGAAUAUACUUGUGCAAUAUUAUAAAGUGAUACUGAUCUAUUUAUGCUUCAGUAUCGGAAUCAUUCAUGGUGUUUACUUGCUUUUCUCAUUUCUGAUGAUUUGUAUAUCUAAAAUUGGAAAAAUUGGAUCACCAAAAACCUGUUGUUCAGAUCAAACGAAGACUAUUGAUGAGGAUUGAAUUGCGGCCGAAAUUUCGAAUUAUUGUUGAUAAAAUACUUUUAACCUGUCACGUGACAUUUUUACUUGUCCCAUAGACUUGUAACUUUAACAUUUUGUCUACCAUCUUACUUUAAUUUUCAAUCCAAACUGUACACAGAAUAAAUUAACAUUAAGUUGUCAGUCUGAUGAUUAUCUUUU